GUUGCUAGCUAUAAUACAAUGAACAAAAUAACAAAAUACAAAUUGUGUUAGUUUUAUGCUGUUGCUGUGAAAUAUUUGGAUUUGGGAAUCUUCAAUAAAAUUAUUAUUUGAGUAUUUCAAAGAGUGUGUAUAUAUAUUAGUGUAGUAGUAAUGUACGUGGAAAUUAUGUGCGCUAAGUGACUAAAUCUGCUGGAAGAAAAUUUUCCUACGUAUUCCGAAUUCCGAUCAGAGCACAAAAUGGCCGUGCCACCAAUCGUGCUGUGAACACAGAACACUUUUGUCUUUAACUCCAACGAGGCUGUGCAGCUCUUAAAGAAGUGAAAAAGAUUAGAACUAUUGAAUAUUGACAGUCUGUGAUAUUAUUUAUUGACCGAUUACCGCUGAUCUUAAGCUAAACAGCCUCGUUCGUGUUUUUUGGAUAAAUUUAAAAAAUGGCUAAGAAAAGAAAUGUAAAUAGACGUAAGAAAGACAUAAAAUCUAAAACAGACACUAUUACAAAUAGUGAUUCAAAUCCCGAAUUACCUCAAAAAUCCAUGUCUCAAAACGCUAAUUUGAAGGUUUGCAGACUAUGUGAAAAUAAAGAAGGACCAUUCUUAGGCAUAUUUGAGGCAGAAAAAACAACCGCUAAGAAAAUUGAUGAAAUUAUGCCAUUUGUGAUUUCAGAGAAUGAUGACUUGCCUCAAAAAAUAUGCUUUCGUUGCUCAGCAAAAGUAGAAGAACUUCAUGAGUUUUUACAAAAAUGUGUCAACACCCAAAUAAAUCUUCGGAAUGCUGCGGGAAGAGAAGGUCCUUUAGAAAUAAAAAAAUCACGAAAAAUAUGGGAAGAACAUUUAAACCAGUCCAAUAUGCUGAAUGAGAAUCUCUGCGAUGCUGUACUUAAAAGGGCAAUGAAAGGAAUAAGUGACAUACCUGUUCUUCCAUUACCAGCUGAAGAGACACCCAAAAAUGAUUCUAAGAAUUUAAGUAAUAAAAAAAAUGCAACCAAUUUGCAGGUUAAAAAAGGCACUGAAGAAUCUCCAAAGUCUGAAAAGGAAAUAAAUAAAGUAGAUGAAAAAACAACAACAAAUACCUUACAAUUAAGGAAUAGAAAAGAUAAAAAUGAAAUUGAUAAGCCAGAAGAAAAUAAAUCUGAAAAGGUUCAAGUUGUUAACACAAAUACAGUUAGUGAGAAUGAGACUACAGACAAACCUCCAGAGGCACCCAAACCUUUCAAUAUUAUGGAUCAUGUGAGUAUGAUUAAAGUGAAUGGUGUAGGAGUUCUGUUUCAGUGUGAAUUGUGUAAUAGGAAUUUCCUCAGAAAAGACGUGGUCAUGGCACACGGCUGUUCUAAAAAUGGCGGUAAAAAAAUUGCCGAAGAAGUUAAACCAAUAGUACAGGAACCACCCAAGAUACCCUUAAUUAAAUACAUCAACACUAAACCUCCAAACGAGGUUAAAAAACCGCCUUUCACAGGCACAAUUUCAACUAUUAUAUUAGAUGACGAUGACAAUGAUACUGUUAAAACUGUAGAAACUCCUAUGACGGUAAAAAAGCAGAAGCCAAAAAUUGGUCCAGCUAGUAAAGUUAAACGCUAUGAAAAUGAAUCAAAAGAAUGUUUAUCAAAGGAAGAACAAAGCAAUAAAGCUGUUGAAGCACCACAAUCAAAUAUCUCACCAUCUAUUCAAUUCCCAUCUGUGCCUCAGAUGAAUAGUCGAUACAAACUAGUACCAGGACCUAAUAAUACAUUUACAUUAGUGGAAGAUAAAUCUAUAAUAACCCCUGAAAAACCAGCUGAAAGUUUACUAAGCCCAAAGAUUACUACUCCGCCACCUUUAAGACUUAUAGAGAGGACACCUGAACAUAAAGCUGCGCCAGCACCUUACCCAGUCGGAUUAAUUAAAAAAGUGUCACACCACACACCACCAUUCCCAGAUAUGCCCACAACUAUUCCAGAAAAACCUGCCCCUGCAUCGAAGAAACAAUCAUAUACAAUUGUACAAACUGGUAAUCCCAGUAAACUCUUGAUAUCAACAAAACCCCAGCCUGAAACUGAUGUAGUUCCAAAAAAGAGAUCACGAAAAACACAGCAUACACUUAUCAAUCAACCACCAUAUUCAGUUAUAUUAGAACAAAAUGACCAUCCUAAAGAUCCUGAAUUCUUUACAUUUGUCAAUGUAGAUCCAUUGCUAGAGCCAUCAUAUGUGUUACCUACAGAUAGUAUAGUACAGGAGCCACAAAUCUCAACAUCAAAUAAAGGCAAUCAAGUUGUAGAUAAAGAAAAGGAUAAGUAUUCUUGCAAUUUAUGUGGGGAAUCUUUCUCAAGGGAAAAGAAGCUUCUUUCUCAUAUAAAAUUUCACUAUAAUAAAAUGGAUGAAGAAGAUCAAAUGAGAGCGCAAAAAACUGGUAAGAAACGGAAGUCUUAAAAUAUUGGUAUUAUGUGACUAUCACAUUCAGAAAUGAAGAGACAAGCAUUUGUUGGCUCCAACAUAAGUAGAAAAUCUUGCAAGAAUUUGUAGAUUCCACAACUACAAACAUAUAAACCCAUUAUUUGAGAAUAGUUCAAAGUCACUGAUAAAUAUAAUAAUCAAUGGUGGAUUGUACCUUUAUCCCUUUGUAAAUAGAAAUAUUUUACAGUUUGUAAAACUUUAUAAUAUAUAUUACUGAUAUUUUCAAAGAAAAAUAAUUGUAAGUGAUACUAGAUAUUUACUCAUCCGUAGAAUAAAGACCGAUCUGUAGGAUUGAUAGUAUUCAGUAGAGGUUAGAGAAGUUGUUAACUUGUUUAACUUUUAGACGGUGAUACUUGACUUUUAGAUUUUUUGGUAUAUUGUUACAACGUCUCAGCCUAGUCAAAUGCUUUGUAGUGUACUUUUUUUUUGCCUUUAUUUUACAAUAUAGUGAGUUCCAUAUUAACAUAGGACGUUUUAUGAUGAAACAGCGGGAGUUCGCAGUGAAGAUUAGACAUUGUUUGACGGAGACGUAUCAAUCGAGUGACGUUCUAUAUAAAUAAGGGUCGUUUUUGGUUGGAAUUACUAAACUUUUAUGAGUCCUUUGUGAUUGUCAACCUUGAAAUAUUCAAAAAUAAUGUUAGUUUUACUAACCUUAAAUAUAGCUAAAUAAAAGAGUAAAUUUAGAGUUAAAA